GAAGAGGAAAGCGAAUUCCCCCAGAAAAUAAAAAAAAAUCCGCGGAUAUGCCGAAGACCUCCUCGUCGCCUUCCCCCACCGUCGCCCCAAUGAAUCCCCUCCUCCCCUCCUCCUCCUCCUCCUCCUCCUACCUCAAAUCCCACCACCCGCCGGACCCGGACCCCGGCUCCCCGAGCCCCAGCCCCUGCAGCUACCUCCUCCACGUCGACGCCGACGACGAGGCGCUGAUCCAAAUCCCCGGCGGCCCGAACCCUAGCCCGGGGGGCCCCGCCGCCGCCUCGCCCGCGCUGCCGCCCGUCGACCCGACGCCGCACAUCUCCUCGCAGUUCUACACCUUCACCGCCGCCUCGCACGCGCUCAUGCUGCGCUGCAUCCUCGCCGGCCGCCCCGCCGUCGCCGAGGAGGUCCGCGCCGCCACCUCCCCCUCCGUGCUCGCCUCCUGGCGGGCGGUCUGGAAGGACCGCAACGAGGACACCGCCUACCUCACCGCGUGGAAGCGCAUCCAGGACAAGCUCGCCGCCUCGGCCGACGGCCGCCACCUCCACUUCAAGUCCAACCCCGCGCAGCGCGUCUCCCAUGUCGGCCAGUGGCUGGACAUAGUCUCGGAGGCGCACGCGGACCCGGACCUGCUCCGCCACCUCGGCCUCAAGGACACCGUCGAGCGUAUCCGGCAGGCCUGGACUGUGGGAGCCAAAUUCUAUGGUAUUCCCGAAUCAUUUGUCAGGGUAUGUGUUGCUGCGUGCCCUGUUUGUAAGGCUGCACCUGCUGGACAGCCUGAUUCUGCCAUCUCAUCGCCAGGACGUGGUAAGCGGCGCCGCAGGUUUGAAUAUACGGAGACGCUGGAUGUGCCGGCACGAGACGUGCCACGCCGGCUACAGCAGCUGGCUGCCAAGCACAAGGUGGUCCUCUGUAUUAGGCAGAAGUAUAUAAGGUAUAAGCCAUUCAUGGCCGAGGUGAAGGAUUAUGCAUGCCAUCGUGCUGGAGUGCCAACUUCAAGUAGUGGGAAUACUGUGUCCUCUUCAGCCAGCGCCUCUGAGGCGAAGAAGCCACGGGGGCUGAAGCGGGAGCCAUACCAAUCCAAGAGGUGUGGCUGUGGGUUCCGUAUCAGGGCUAUUGUGCCCAUAGCCAAUUAUAAUGAGAAAGACAAGAGUUUUGUAUAUCAAGAAGAGGGCACUGCAGUGUUCAAGCUUUACGCCGUGCACUCAGGGCAUGAGCCCGGGCCACUUGAUGGCAGUGCUCGGAUUGUUCACAGGUUAGUUGGGCAUCAGGGGACAUUUGAGUUUGAUCCAGACAUAUAUGAUGUCAAUGAGGAAGGUGAGCCUAGCUUUUCGAUUAAGGGGGAUGUAGAUGUUGACAUUGAUGACUCGCAUCAGGCAGUCUUGCAGCAAGUCCGGGAGCUCAGAGCAGAGGUGGUCUCCCUAGAAGGGAAGGUGGCUAAGAUGCACCCAGAGCUAUUGGGUUCUCUUUCCAAUGAGCUAUCUGAGGUGUUGCACAGGAUUAGGAAGUUUAAUUUGGAUGGCAACACUUACCAGCCAGAGGAGACAUUGAUGAUGGGCAAUGAGGUCGGGGGAUGGGCGACUGGUGAUGUGUCGCACCACUUAGAUCAUCACGAUGGUGCAUUCUGCAAGGAGGAUGACAUGCUUGAUGACGAUGAUACUGAUUUUGGUUCGAGCCUUGGGCCCAUCGUCUCAUGGGAUAGAAUGGCAGCAGAGUGCGAGGACAGGAAGAUGCUAAUGGGUGAUAGCCCAAAGUGUGAUAAGUGGAUGCUGAAGGAGAAUGUUGGUGACUUUGAUGAAAAGAGUAUACUUAACUGUGGGGAUGAAGAUGGUGGCGAGGAUUCCAAGAUUAUUAAGCCAUUGAUGCAUGAUGACACCAUGGUAACUGACUCAAGUUUGUUAGGCAUACAAAUAGACGGAUUCUACUCUGGGCCCAAGUGGUAUGAUUCACCUGUAGGUUUAGAUUCCAGUGGCGAUGCAGGAGAUGUCAGUUUUAGACAUGGACUUGUGUGAGAUUUGUGAUUCACCCCUGAUUCCAGGAAGGUCUUGUAAAUUCUGUAUGCUAGAAUGUCAUAAGCUUGCACCAAUUUAAUGUAGUGUUUGUAGGUGGAGCUUCAAAGUAACCUAUCUUCCCUGAUAUAUACAGGCUGAUUAAUCAAUUCAACCUUCUUAACUUGUCUA